AGAAUAACCUGCGUAAUACACCGCAGUGCACCGACUGCCCCGAAAUACACAAAGAUAUCGGUUUCGACUCUGGGAAAUUACAGGGACAUAUUUUCUAACUGGAAGUACCUGGAUAUUUUCAAAAUAUAUUAAGGAACAUGUACCCGCACAUUUAUAAUAACGCGUUUGUGUAGACGUAGAUUAAUUGUUGCAUAUUCUGAAACGUGCAGUUUCAAUGCACGUAGGUUUACAGGGAGAGAGGGAGAAAGAGAGCGAGAGGGUGGAGGGAGAGAAAGAGCACUCCCCCAAAACUAGUAUCAGAUGAGAGUCAAUCCAUAGGAUAUUCCACAUGGAUCAGUAAUCAUCGUCCUUUUGCUGACACCGCAUUGACUGAGGGGUAACCCUCCAUAGACGCUUGCAAACAAAAACUACUUGUGAUGACCCUCAAAAGUCCGGUAUGCAACAUGCCCGACGACCAAGAGAAAAAGGGUCAUACUAGAAUCCUGGGUCUGACAGUGUGUUCAGCUGCCAUUGGGGGAACUCUUCAGUAUGGUUACAACAUCGCCAUCAUCAACACACCUACUAUUUACAUUCAGAGGUUUAUUAAUGAGACAUGCCGGGAGCGCUGGGGUGCAGAACUAGAGGUCUACCAGGUGACUCUAAUAUGGACCUUCAUUGUAUCCAUAUUCUCACUGGGUGGGCUGGUGGGUGCGCUGAUUGCUGGUCCUAUGGCUGUCCGUUUUGGAAGGAAGAAAUCAUUACUGGUGAACAAUGUGUUUUUGAUGCUAAGUUCUGUGCUGGCGGUGACGAGCAGAGCUGCCAGAUCCUUUGAGAUGAUCAUUGUGGCUCGUCUUCUUGUGGGGAUCAAUGCGGGGGUCAGCAUGAACAUCCAACCCAUGUAUUUUGGAGAGAGUGCUCCGAAGCAUUUGCGAGGUGCUGUUGCAUUGUCCUCGGCCGUCUUCACAGCUUUCGGAGUGGUACUGGGACAAGUGGUGGGGCUCAGGGAAAUUUUAGGUAGCGAGUCAUGCUGGCCUUACCUUCUGGCCAGUAAUGUUGUCCCAGGUCUUAUUCAGCUGCUCACCCUUCCCUGGUUUCCUGAGAGCCCUCGUUACCUCCUCAUUGACAAAGGGAACAAGGAGGCCUGCAUCAAGGCCUUGACUCAGCUACGGGGUUGUGAUGUCCUGCACAGCGAGAUGGAGGAGAUCCUGCAGGAGCAGGCUGCAGCCUCAGGGAUAAGGGCCAAGAGACCAUGGGAGCUGUUUACAGACCGCAGCAUGCGCUGGCAGCUGCUGUCAAUCAUGGUCAUCAGUUCUGCCAUGCAGCUCUGCGGGAAUGACGCUAUAUAUUUCUAUGCAACUUACAUAUUCCAAGAGGCGGGGAUUUCACUGGAUAAAAUCCAGUAUGUCACCAUUGGCACAGGCAGCUGUGAAUUUACGGCCUCAAUACUGUCUAACCUGUUGAUCGAGCGGCUGGGCAGGAAAAUGUUGCUGAUGGGUGGAUACAUUCUCAUGGCUGGCUGGGCAGUGGUCUUCAUGGUGGCUCUGUCAUUACAACACACAGCGCCGUGGAUCCCGUACCUGAGUAUGGUCUGCAUCUUUGCCUAUAUACUGAGCUUUGGAAUGGGACCGGCUGGAGUGACAGGAGUCCUACCCACUGAGAUAUUUAAUCAAAUGGCCCGCCCCGCUGCCUACAUGAUUGCUGGUUCCCUGAUGUGGAUCAACCUCUUCUUUGUGGGGAUGGUCUUCCCCUUCCUUGUGAGUGGAUUUGGACAGUUUUGCUUCAUUCCCUUCUGUGCCGUUUGCCUCCUCUCAUCCCUCUUCAUUGGCCUUGUGCUGCCCGAGACAAAAGGGAAGACCCUCCCAGCCAUCGCCAGCGAAUACGACAAGCUCAAUUUCCGAGGCCAGGAGAAGCAGUGUUCGGGCACAGCUCAGACCCAGUACCAGUUGGGUAAAGUCUUGCACUCCACUGCAAUGUAGGUCUUAUUCAGUUUCCUGCGUGCUUGACAACCUGAAGAGAGGGCAGCUCUGCCCACUGCCAGCAAUUGCUGUUUUGUAUGCUGCGGUAUCUGUGGUCUCAAUUUGGUUUAAUCAAGCUGUGAUUUCACUAUAUAAAUUAAAAAUAAGAAAUUUAUGAACCCCCCCAUCCUUACAAUGAGCCUACCCCCAGCAGGCAUGCACUAGAAAAAAGAGAUACAUGCAAUAAUGAUUAGACUCAUCAAGCAUGAACGUUACAGUGAUGCAGUCUUUG